UUUGCAGAAGGUUCAGCCUCACUUCUAAACCCCACACAUAAGCUCCAGAGAGAGACACUGUAGAGCCACGAUCCACUCUUUCUUCUUUCUUCCUGAUGGAACACAUGCUUAUUUGCAGUCUAUUUCUCUGAAUUUGCUGCAGCCCUCUGACAAAGAGAACAGACUUACAGUGUAACAACGACAGUCGGAAGAUGAAUUGUACAAGAGUUCUCCAUGCCUUUGGUAGUCACCCCCAGCCAGCUGUGAUGCCAGUCGACCUAGCCAUGUGUCUGAGCCUGAGCCGGCGCCAACCUCUUUAUCAGCUGCUGUCCAUGUCUCCCCUGAAACCCACGCAGACCCAUUGUCAGUCGACCGACUGUCAGCCAAGGACCAGCCUUCGCUCUCCCUAUCACUCCAGCUUUUCCCCUUACCCUUCAUCCUCACCGCAGCCCUCUGGGCCUCGGAGCUGUUUCCGCAGGGACAGCGGAGGUCUGAGCAAGAAGCGUGUGGUUUUCGCAGACGCUAAGGGAUUGGCUCUCACUGCUGUGCGUCUCUUUAUCCCUGAGCCUUCGUCUCCUGCUUCUACUUUAAUGAUGAAACCCUCCCCAGCCAAACUGCAAGGCCAACAGUCGACCUCAAACAAACAGCAGCCGUGCAGGUUGAGGCUUGGUUUCCCUCAGCCAAUGCUUGACUUAAAAGCAUCCCUUGCACGCCUGCGAGAGAUGCGUGUACAGCUGGAAAGCUGCAGCAUUUCAGAGCACUCCUUGAGCGGCAAAGUGCACGUCUCCCAUGUCAGUACUGAAAAGGCUGUGCACAUAAGGGUGACCUUUGACUCUUGGCGGAGCCAUCAUGACAUUCCCUGCACAUUCCUGCAGCAGCAGCGCUGUGGAGGAUCUGAUAUGGAUGUUUUUGCCUUUGACUUAAGCUUACCAAAGAACAUAGAUCCAAAGGAGCGAGUUGAGUUCUGUGUGUACUUCAGACCUGCACCUGGCGCAAUGCCACACAAGGACGACAACAGGGGGCAGAAUUACAGGGUGUGCAUGGAAAAAGAUGGAUCAAAUGCUAACCAAGGCGAUGCCAACCGUUCGUACCCCACACUGUCACAAUAUCGGCCAACAUCCUGGCCUUCACAUGUGUCCCUCGGUGUGCAGAACUCUGCUGAGCUUCAGUAUCUUCAGAAGAGUUUAUCAAGUAGAGUCAGGGCUGAAUGCAAAACUCUGUGUUCAACUAAGUAAGACCAGUGAAUGUAGGCCAUAACUUCUCAACAGAGCUAUGGGACUGUGUAAAUAAUGUGACUAUUUUAUUAACUAAUAUUUAUUGCUGCUUUUUGGGAUGUAUAGACUCUGAAAACUGCCCUGUUGAAAUGUGAAUAACACAUACUGCAUUGUU